UGGGAAACCAGGAUGCGGCACAAUCAGAUGUGUUGUGAGACACCACCUACAGUCACUGUUCAUGUAAAGUCAGGGUCAAAUAGAUCACAUCUGCCUAGAAAACCCAUUAAUCUGAAGCGUCCUAUUUUUAAAGAUAGUUGGCAAGCAUCCGAAAAAAAUGCAUAUAACAGCAAAUCUAAAUGUCCCAAAGGACCUUGUUUAGUAAUACAGCGUCAGGAAAUGACUGCUUUCUUUAAAUUAUUUGAUGAUGAUUUAAUUCAAGAUUUCUUGUGGAUGGACUGCUGCUGUAAAAUUGCAGACAAGUAUCUUUUGGCUAUGACCUUUGUUUAUUUCAAGAGAGCUAAAUUUACUAUAAAUGAGCAUACCAGGAUAAAUUUCUUUAUUGCUCUGUAUCUGGCUAAUACAGUUGAAGAAGAUGAAGAAGAAGCCAAGUAUGAAAUUUUUCCAUGGGCUUUAGGGAAAAACUGGAGAAAAUUGUUCCCCAAUUUCUUAAAGUUAAGGGACCAGCUCUGGGAUAGAAUUGACUAUAGGGCUAUUGUAAGUAGGCGAUGCUGUGAGGAGGUUAUGGCCAUUGCACCAACCCACUAUAUCUGGCAACGAGAACGCUCUGUGCAUCACAGUGGAGCUGUCAGAAACUACAACAGAGAUGAAGUUCAACUGCCACGAGGACCUAGUGCUACACCAGUAGAUUGUUCACUCUGUGGUAAAAAAGGAAGAUAUGUGAGACUGGGAUUGUCUUCAUCUUCAUCUUCAUCCAGUGAAACAGCAGAGGUGAUGGAAUCACACAGUUCAUUAACAAUGGACAUAAUAGGUGAUCCUUCUCAAGCUUAUAGCUAUGCUCAAGUAGCCAAUGACCAACAAUCAAAUACAGGAAAAAAAACUAAUUUCAUGAAGAAAGACAAAUCUAUGGAGUGGUUUACAGGAAGUGAAGAAUGAGACGAGAUGACUCAACUAAAGCAACUUGGAAUCAUUAGCUACAAAAUAUCAAACUGAAUGCAAGACAAUGUCAAAAUGGGACAUUUAAGCAGCUUUGCCAUGUUACACAUCUUUCUUUAGCUUUUGUUAUUUUUCAAAUUUAUGUGUAAAGUUAUACAAAUCAUAGUAAUAGCUGAAAAUACCAAUUUAUGAAAGUAGUGAUUUGGAAUAUUAAGUUCUAACUUGAUACUUUUCCAUCUUCACAUUGGUUGGUGUCAUCUGGGGCACUCAGUUAAGCUGUUGUUUGAACUUCCUCAACUUGACAAGAAAAGCUGAUUUAAGACAGGAAAAAAGUUAGAUCAUUACAUUACGUUAAUUAGAAGAAAAAAUUCAAUUUAAUAUGACCUGAAAACAUUACUCACCUGUAUGACCAGCUUGCCAGUGUACAGGUCUAGCAAUAUAGGGAAAUGAUCCAUAGGGAAAGUCAGAAUGUGGUUCCCCUAGUGUAGAACAGAAUACGUACUAUAAGCUUCAUAAAAUGUUAUUUUGUUCUCAAAAGCUGUUAAAAAUAUUACUGCCACUUCACUGAAGUUUUUCUCUUACUUUUUUUUUAAGCAUUUGUUUUGGAGCUACUCUGUCAGUUGUUGUACAAAAAAAAAUUUGAAGAUGAUUACACAGUAACCUUACUAUGGACAAGCCCAUACCAUAAAUCAAUAGAUACCUGAAGACUCUUUCAUGGCCUGCAUAAUGUGUACACAUACACAAGAACCUAACCUCAGUUCUUUGAAGAAGCUUAACAGCAUUUUAGAAAUUGCUUUUUACUAUGUUAGGGAUUUG